AUGAAAGAAAUUAUCGCGUUGAUGCUUUUCAUUGUGGUCGCAAACAUUGAAAUCAUUUGUGGGAAAAAGUAUGAGAAAUGUGAACUUGCACAAGAACUUUAUGCAACGCAUGAGAUACCGAGAGAAGAGAUUUAUAAACAUUUAUGCAUUGCUAGCACUCUUCGCGAUACAAGAACAACAAAUGCUUUCAAUUUUAUUGGCAUGUAUAGAAUCGGAGUACAAUGGUGGUGUGGAAAGGAUAAACCCGGUGGUGGUUGCAAUGUAACAUGCAGUGCCCUUAUUGACGACGAUAUCGCAGAUGAUGUCGCAUGUGCUAACAUAAUAUUAAACAAUAGCGGACUUAGCGGCUGGAGACUGAAUGAGAGAGCAUGUGCAAGACAUAAGCUUGACACUGAUGAAUGUUUAGAAGAAGUUGAUGUUUUUGAGUCUUUAUUGGAAAUGGAAAGUUCUACUGUGGAACCAGAAAGAACAACAAUAUCAACAACAACAUCAACAACAUCAUCAUCAACAACAACAUCAUCAACGACAAUUAAAACAACAUCUUCAACAACCAAGGAAACAACAACGACGACUAGAAGACCUUCCAUUUCUACUAAGAAGGAAGAAGAAAUUGUUGAUCCACAUGAAGACUUCUCCAUAUUAAGUAAAAUUUCGCUUAUUGUUCUCUCAAUCACUUUAACGAUUGCAGUGGUUUUUGUCUUCUACAAACGAGAGACGAUUAAACGUUAUCUGAAUCCACGGUCAAGUUCAAGUCAUAAUGAAUUUGAAAAUAUUCUUGUUAAUAAUCAUGAAAAUAAUUUUCAAGAAGUAUUAAAUUAA